AUCUCCACCACAACAAGGGCCACAGCGCCGCGUUCCAAACAUCGAGUUUCUCGCCCGCCGUUUGAGCCGCGUGCUUCUCGAUCUACAAACUGUGCAAUUUCGUUCUAGACACCGACAAUGAGCUUCAUCAGGGAAGCGGACGAUUCGAAGAGACCACUCUCAAGGGUGGAGCUGCACCUCCAUCUGGAUGGUUCCAUCCGAUACAGCACAAUAUGGGAGUACGCGACGAAGCGGAAAGCCGAUAUCGGUGUCAAGUCGGCAGACGGCGUACGUCGAUGGCUCCAGAAAACAACCUCCACAACUCUAGCGGACUUCUUGAAAGAUUUCCGUACAGUUUCGGCCCUCUUCGCCGACGAUCCCGAGGCCUGGACCCGUAUCGCCUACGAGCUCUGUGAGGAUCAGGCCCGGGACGGAGUCGCCUAUUUCGAAGUCCGUCAUGGUCCACAGCUGUUGCUCAGUGCGAGUUCACGGUAUUCGGGCAGCGAUGUCGUUCAAGCCGUUCAGAAAGGCUUGGACGAAGGCAAACAACAGUUCGGAGUAAACUCGAGGCAGAUCUUGACCUGCGUGCUCGAAAACGACGACUGGGCCAGGGAAAUCGUUCAGUUGUGCCAGAAGUACAGAGACAUUGUAGGAGGGAUCGACAUUGCCAAGAAUGAAACCAUCCACGCCGGUUUUACAAAGACAGAAAUUGAAGUUUAUCACUUGGCGGAAAGAGAAGGCAUCAAUAGAACUGCCCACGCGGGGGAAUCGGGACCUUGGAACUCGGUUCAGGCGGUGAUGGACACUCUGCAUUGUACACGGGUCGGACAUGGUUAUCGGGUCUUCGAAGAUCCGUCUGGCAACUGUUACAACCAGGCUCGAAAGCAGAAUCUGCAUUUCGAAGUGUGUCCCAUUUCGUCCGUCUUGACAGGUGGUUGUCCGCCUUGGGCAUCGAAACACGCUGUCGUGCAUUUCGCCGAAGAUAACGCCAACUUUUCCAUCAGCAAAGACGAUACUACAAUAACCGGAAGCACUCUCGACGACGAGUACAAGUUCCUGCAGUCGUUGGGAUUAACCGAGGCUCACAUCGUUCGUGCCAACUUUAACGCGGCGCGCAGCUGUUUCCUGCCCGUACAAGAGAAGAAGGAGCUGAUUCAUCAUCUUCAGCGGACCUAUGGAAUACAGAGUGGAGAUUAACUCCCGGCUCAAUUGAAACGACCCUCCGAUUUCGGGGGAUGUCCGCGGACAAACGGCUCGAAAUAAAA